GCUAAUGACUCUAUGAAUAAUCAACUGGCAGAGAUGUACCAACGUCCUGCUGCUGUUAAACCAAAACUUGAUGAAAAUGAACUAAUCGAUAUUAGUAGCGAAGAUUCUGAAGAAGAAGCAGCUUACAACAAUUACGGCAGCAAAACAAAUGGGGCCUCUACUUCUGCACAACCUAAUAGGACAGUUAUAGUUCCAGGAUUUCUUUCCAAUCAGACUUUAUAUGAUAAGCGUCGGACUGAAACAGAGCCCCAGGAGCGUCCAAAGAAACGUAAACUCGAAGCGACUAUAUCACCCAUUAAAGACAUAUCUACUAUGUCAAAAAAGAAAAAAAUUCGAGGAGAAAAUAUGGUAGAACCUGCUUUCACUUUUAAAAAUAUUGGCGGCAUGGACAAGGUACUAGAAGAUGUUUGCAAAUUGUUGUUACAUAUCAGACAUCCAGAGUUGUAUAGAAAAAUUGGUAUUUCACCACCAAGAGGAUUUCUACUCCAUGGUCCUCCAGGUUGUGGUAAAACUCUGUUGGCCAAUGCAAUUGCAGGGGAGUUAGGGGUACAGUUGAUUAAAGUGGCCGCUCCUGAACUAGUUGCAGGUGUCUCCGGUGAGAGCGAAGAAAGAAUUCGGGAACUGUUUGAAAGAGCCUGCAGUUCAGCUCCUUGUAUUUUGUUUAUCGAUGAAAUUGAUGCCAUCACGCCUAACAGACAAAAUGCGCAGAAAGAAAUGGAAAGAAGGAUUGUAGCUCAGUUACUGAGCUGUUUAGAUGAUCUGAGUGUAAAUGAAAAUGGAGAUAGGGUGUUGGUAAUAGGCGCCACUAAUAGACCCGAUUCCAUUGAUCCAGCUUUGCGCAGAGCCGGACGAUUUGACAGGGAAAUAUGUUUAGGAAUUCCCAAUGAGAAGGCUAGAGAACAGAUUCUAAAGGUACUCACCACAUAUUUGACACUGUCCGACGACUUUGAUUAUCAAAAAAUCGCCAAAUUUACACCAGGCUAUGUGGGCGCGGAUUUACUCUCUUUAACGAGAGAGGCAUCAAUGGUAGCAGUUAAUAGAGUAUUUAAUGAUAUUAAGGAGCGUCGUAGAAUAGAGCAAGUGGUAGCUUUGCAGAAGGCAACGGAAGAACAACAAAAGGCAAAGGAAUUAGCCAAACAGAAGAAGGCAGAGGAGGCAGAAAAGAAAAAACGAGAAGAGGAAGCUGCAAAGGAAGCCGACCAACAAGAAAUAGUAGUGGAUAGUCCUAAAGCAGCUGAAAACACUAAAGACAAAGAAGCCGAUACCUCUACCGACGCCGUAGUAGUUUUAGACGAUAACGAAGAGUCUCAAUCAAAAUCCGAACCACCAGCUGCUGCUUCAGUGGGCGCUUCGAUAGAAACGAACCUUAACGGCGCACCUCCACCUUCAGAGGUAGAACCGGAAAUUAUAGUUGAAGAAGAAUCUCUACCUCCACAAGAACCAAUGCCAGUUGAUGAGGUCAAGCCAUUAACUGAUUUGGAAGAGCUUAAACUCUGGUUACAUGACAGAAUACCUAUCAGCGAUGAUCAGCUCAGAAAUCUUUGUAUAACCAUGGAAGAUUUUGGAAAGGCUUUGAAGACAGUGCAACCAUCAGCAAAGAGGGAAGGUUUCGCUACAGUACCGGAUACUACGUGGGAUGAUAUAGGAUCUCUCAAAGACAUCAGAGAGGAAUUGCAAAUGGCAAUUUUAGCUCCAGUCAGAUAUUCUGACCGAUUUGAAGAACUAGGUUUACACGUGCCAACGGGUGUUCUUCUCUGCGGUCCUCCAGGAUGUGGUAAAACUCUGUUAGCUAAAGCGAUAGCCAACGAGGCCGGUAUCAAUUUUAUUUCCGUCAAGGGACCUGAACUGCUUAAUAUGUAUGUAGGUGAAAGUGAAAAGGCAGUGAGGGUGUGCUUUGAACGAGCAAGAAACUCCGCACCAUGCGUCAUUUUCUUCGACGAAUUGGAUGCUCUCUGCCCCAAAAGGUCAGACUCCAGAGAGGGUGGCGCUACGAUGCGCGUGGUCAAUCAAAUGUUAACCGAAAUGGACGGUAUAGAAGGGCGCAAAGGCGUAUUUUUAUUGGCCGCGAGCAAUAGGCCGGACAUUGUCGAUCCUGCUGUACUUCGUCCAGGGCGGUUGGAUAAAAUCCUUUAUGUUGGGCUCCCUUCGCGCGAAGACAGAGUGGACAUACUGCGAGCAAUCACAAAGAAUGGUACGCAACCAAAGUUAGAUGAAGACGUUGAUAUCGUGAGUAUAGGCACGUCGGAACAGACCAAGGGUUAUACUGGAGCAGAUUUAGCCGCUCUGGUAAGAGAAGCGUCUGUCCUAGCACUGAAGGAGUUCAUGCUAGGCGGGGAAGCGAACUUAAAAGUGUCCAGCAGGCACUUCAUCAGAGCAGCCGAAAAAAUAAGGCCUUCAGUGCCUGAAAAGGAUCAAAAACAUUAUGAAAAAUUAAGGAGAAUGUAUACCGCAGUGCCCGAAGAAGCCGAAGUUGAAGAAAUGGAGUAUUCUUAGAAACAGGACUGUUUUUGUUAUUCCUAUUCUUUUUGGAAAAUUCGUAAACUUUUAGAAGACUCAUCAAACUCCUGAAUAUUUUUUUAUAUAGGUAUGCCUUACUAGAAGGUACG